AUGCAGUCUCAAUUACCUAUCGAGGCUUUCCCGGCCUGGGCUCUCCUGAAUAAUGUGGACUUUGCAAGCGCAGAAAUACGAAACAUCGAUGGUAAAGGGCUCGGCCUCGUCGCCAAACAUGAUAUCACGGAGGCUGGGCGUGAUGCCUCUAGCUCACCAGCGAUCGUCCGAAUACCCCGGGACCUUGUUUUAUCUGCUGAGGCAGUAGAGGAGUAUGCCAAGGUUGAUCAGAAUUUCAAGCAGCUACUUGAGGUUGCUGGACGCCAAAGCACAAGAGGUGAUAUCCUGCUGUACCUAUUGACUCAAAUUAUCCAAUCGAAAGGAACUUCUCCAAGUACGAGACCAUUUGCUUCAACGCCAUGGACCGAGUAUAUCAAGUUCUUGCCUCGAUACAUCCCUAUUCCCACGAUGUGGACGAAUGAAGAGAGAGAAUUACUCAAAGGCACAUCUCUUGAGGCGGCGGUGAGUGCCAAGCUAUCUGCACUUUCACAUGAAUAUGAUGGGAUAUGCGAACAAGCAUCAAACUUCCCCUUUUGGAACGAUCUUUUCUGGGGAACUGUAAAGGUGGAGGAUUGGAUUCUCGCCGAUGCCUGGUAUCGCUCAAGAUGCCUGGAGCUUCCUCGAGCCGGUCAUGCCAUGGUCCCAGGACUGGACAUGGCGAACCACUCACAGACCCAUUCGGCAUACUACGAUGAAAGUUCUAACGGCGAUGUGGUAUUGCUUCCGAGUUCAGGGUCAAGCAUACUUUCAGGUGGAGAGAUCACCAUCUCAUAUGGACAAGCCAAGUCAGCAGCCGAGAUGCUAUUUAGCUACGGCUUCAUCGACCAGGAGUCCUCUAUUAAAGAGCUAAAAUUACAGGUUGCGCCGUUACCUGACGAUCCUCUGGGAAGAGCUAAACUCCGCGUCUACAAUGGACCUCCCACGGUACGAUUAUCUUUGACAGAACAAGGUUUCCAGUGGGACAGCCCCUUCCUGUAUCUGCUAGUUCUCAAUGAGGAAGAUGGUCUUGCUUUCCGGAUAGCGCAAGAUACUUCAGGGGAGCGCCAAUUGAAACUACUUUGGCAAGACGAAGAUAUCACGGACCGAACUGACGAGCUCGAGACGCUUGUUCAGAACCACGAUCUAUUCCAAGUGUUUAAGCUUCGAGCUGUCGCCGUGCUGGAGGAGCGGGUUGCGAUGCAGCUGGACAGAAUCUCCUCCGGAUUCUCGUACGGGGUAACGGAGCAACCACAGGCAGCAAAUCAGCCGCGUGCGGAGUGCAUACUAGCGGCUGAGACUUUGAGAGAUCUUGAAACCCAGGUCCUGCAAGGUGUGGCGGAGGCGCUAGAAAACGAGAAGGCGAGGCUGCUUCUGGACGCACGCGUAGUGACAUAUCUCGGGUCUAUGGAAGAUGCCCAAAACGAGCAAGCGUCUGAGCCGGCGGCCAAUGAAGACGACGAGUUCAGCUAA